GUAAACUGCAGUAUAACUGUAAAAUCCUCAUAAAUCAAGGAUAGCUGAAGUUCAUUAUGAGCUUGAAAGACUAAUAAACGUCAUUUGUGUACAUAAGCUCUGUACCUUCCUGAGUUACAGCUGAAUCUGUGUAGUAGCUUUGUGACUGUUAUUCGGAAUAUAAUAAUUAUUUGGGGCUUGAACUGAGGGCAGUGCAGGAAAUAUCAUUUACUCAGAUUUUGAUAUUCAUCUUGUAAUCUAUAAUCGGACAAUGAUUGUGCCCAUAUCACCCUUCAACAGGGACUGUAGCCACAGUUGUUGCAGGUGGCCUUGGGUUAAUAUAGACAUUGCUCGCAUUAUGUUACUUGGAUUAUUCCUAGUUCUGUACUUGUUUUUUGGGGCUGCUGUUUUCUCAGCAUUGGAGAGACCAUCUGAGCUUGAAGCACAUGAGAGAUGGAAUAAGAAGUUAGCUGAUUUUGAACAGGAGCACAGCGUGAGUCUGGAGGACCUACAUGUCCUGUUAAAAGACUAUGAGGAGGCUAAUAGUGCAGGGGUUUGGGUGCAUGGUCAGACAACAUUUUGGGACUUUCCUGGAGCCUUGUGCUUUGUGGCAACUGUUAUAUCCACUAUCGGAUAUGGACUAGCAGCACCGACCACCACCUUUGGAAGGAUCUUCCUCAUUUUCUUUGGGCUGAUUGGAUGUGCAGCAGCCAUCCUUUUUUUCAACCUUUUCCUGGAACGUAUCAUCACCCUUAUAGCAUACACACUAAGUAAAUGCCAUGAGCAAAAAUUUCGGAACAGCAAGCAAAGUGUUGCUACGUCUCAUCUCACCACACAACCAGGUGGAACAGCAAGUGGUCAGGAAGGUUGGAAGCCUUCUGUUUAUCAUGCAACACUAAUUUUGGUGGUGGUUUGUUUGCUUCUAGGAUGUGCUGCAUCAGGAGUUUACUCUGCUGUGGAAGGUUGGAAUUACUGGGAGUCGAUAUAUUUCUGCUUUGUGACCUUCACAACUAUGGGCUUUGGGGACAUGGUGAGCGGACAGCGAGAAUAUUUUAAAGCAAGCUGGUACUACCAGAUUGCCAACAUCUUAGCAAUCUUUUUUGGUGUCUGCUGUACCUAUUCUCUCUCUAACCUCAUUGCUAUCAUGAUGAAAGGAAUGCUGAACUGGAUCUUGGACAAGGUGUUGUUUUUAAAUUGCCGUUCAGAGACCAUGUGUCUUAAUGUUGAAGAAUCUUAUUCCCAACAGCUUUCAAAUACUUCCAGCUGUUUUAGCCAACACUGGAGCUGCCAUGUGGUGAAGCUCAGCAAAGAUGAAUGCAAAUGUGCUGGUUCUGCAAUACAGACUGUGUGCCAAAGUGAGAUGCAUGUCACAGAAGUAAAUGUUAUCUGUGAGGAAGUGUCAAGGCAUAACUUGACAGAAAAUUCACUUCAUGUAACCAGUGACUGUUCACUUUGUCAAGACAAUAGUCUACCUAUAGGUGGUAUAUCCAUAAUAAAUGACUAUAUGUAAGAGACAAGCAUUAUAGGCCAGUCAUGUACAGCUCCUCUGUGAAAGCAAACACUGUUUCAUAAAACACGUGGUAAAAUCAUCAGGGUGGGACUUAAAAGGACUCUUUAUAUAAUCAAAUUUUUAGUCUAUUGUAGACUGCAUAUAUUGGACCAAUAAAUUGGCUCAGCUGUCUGUUUUGUA